UGUAGAGGAGCACCUGGCUCGUCGCCGCGCUGCGAGAACCCUCAUAACUCCGCCGGCCUUACUACUCCCCUACCGCGCCUCGAGUCAGUGAAUCUCUUAUCAGCAACACCCACCCACCGCGACGCCGCCCGCAAACGUCGCCGUCCCACCGCAGAGGCGCGCCGUACGACACUGCCUGACGCACCAGCCCGUCACCGUGAAGCCCUGCGAAACCCCGGCACUCAACAAAACUCGCCCGCCAAGCACGGGCGUCUACGAUGAUAAGGCGACGGCGCCCAUCAGCCAUCUGAAGCAGGCCGUUCAAUGUCUAGCAGAAGCAAGUGCGGGUAGACUGUUUGCUGGAGGGUCGAUCUGCGCACAGCGACCCGGCUCCGCGAGCGCCUGCGUUGAGGAUGUCCUCCGAUUCCGCGCCCAAGAACAACGAAGAGGAUGGCACGCUCGUGCUGGAAGCACAUGGACAGAAUGGCGGAAGCAGCGAUAUGGAGACUCCGCGCUCCGAGGCUCCUCCCCCCGCUGUCAACGUCACCACACCGCGAACGACGGAAGCGACGACGAUGCACGCGACCAAUGGAGUGGCCGUGAACGAUUACUUCACCCCGCAGCCCACCGCCGCACCCGACCAGAGACCGCGAAGCCCACGAGCACCCAACAGCCCGCAUGCCUCGACGGCUGUCAGCACUAGCUCCACCGACGCCACCGCUCCAGGCUACGUCCAAGGUCUCGGAUCACUGUCGCUGCCGCAGCCCCAGCUAUCUCCCCGCCCGACGCCUCAGCAAAAGGCGUCCAGUUUGAGCAUCGAGAGCACCGACAGUGCGGCAACGGUCAAGCCAGCUCGUCCAGUCUUGAAGUCUCUGGGCCCCACGUAUCCCGAUCAGACCUUCGCCGCCCUACACAAUCAAUAUCACGGGACCUAUUACACCCCAUCUCACCUGCGGGGAAGGGGUCCAGGACUGUACUCGCCCGUGGCCAACUUUGCAACGGCAAUAGCAUCGCAUCACCAGAGCACGUCCCGGUCGGCGACCAACUCACCCCUCGUGACUCCCAACUUCGGCCUGUUCAGUAAUGCUGGUCCGCCGUCGGCGCCCGCCUUCCAUUCCGACUCCUCGUCGGCAACGUAUCCGAGUCCGUUUCUGCAUCAUACGCAGAGGCAUGUUCCGAAAGAAACGCAUGUCGCAGACGUUGAUGUGGACCCCAUCUCGGGUCGCAAGCUCAUCAAUCAUUACGAGAUUAUGGACGAGCUCGGCAGAGGGACACAUGGCAAAGUCAAACUUGGUCGCGACCUGCAUUCUAACGGAACCUACGUGGCAAUCAAGAUUGUGGAGCGCUUUUCCAAGAGACGAAAGCUGGGCCGCCUUGGUACUACCGAGGACAAGGUCAAGAAAGAGGUCGCCAUCUUGAAAAAGGCCCGCCAUCCCAACGUGGUAGCCUUGCUCGAAGUCAUUGAUGACCCAACCCGCAAGAAAGUGUACAUUGUGCUCGAAUGGGUCGAGAAGGGCGAGAUCAAUUGGAGGAAAAAGGCACCGAAAGAGAUCGCAAUGGUGGAGGCGCGACGGUAUGAGAGAGAAAGCCGUGAAGCGAAGACCGGAAAGCACGAUGAAGUCCUAGCAGCGCAGGACCGAGCCGUCCUGGAGGAGGCCAAGAAACGUCUCGAUAAACAGAGGAGACGACAGCUGCGAACGUUCCGACGUAUGCGGCGAGGAGCAGACGAGGCCCCGGAGGCUUGGAGCAUUGAGCUGGCUGGCGAUGAGAUGAGCGAGGAGUCCGAAGAGGAUCGAUUAUCGCGCAUCUCGUCCAUCACGGGCGAGAUGAGCGCACCGCUCGCGCAACAAGCGUCACAACAGCCGAAACAGUGGCUAGACACUGGUGCAGAAACCAUGUCACCUGUGAGCGAAGCGCAGCCACCUUCACGUAAUGUGGAGUUCGACUUGAGCGGCUUGGAGGGCACCAUGUACGGGCCGUACGACCCAAUCUCUGGUCCAUCCUCUCGAGAUGCCAGUCUGCCAAAUAGUCUACGAGGCUCGCAACAUGGCAGCGUAGAAGGAUUGUCGGACUUGGCUCACGAGGUCCUGGACUCCGAUCUUGAUACCGAGCUGGAGUACGUUCCGAUCAUGACGAUUGACCAGAUCCGCUGCGCUUUUAGGGACACCGUACUCGGACUCUUGUACUUGCAUUAUCAGGGCAUCAUCCAUCGCGAUAUCAAGCCACCCAAUCUUCUCGCCUCUCACGACAACCGCGUGAAGAUCUCUGAUUUUGGUGUCUCAUACCUUGGCCGACCUGUGCACAAUGGCGAGGGCGAGGAUGUCAGCGAGGCAGAGGCCACAGACCUGGACGACGAAGCGAAAGAGCUAGCCAAGACUGUAGGCACGCCUGCAUUCUACGCGCCUGAGCUCUGCUCAACCGACCCUUUGGAUGAGCCGCUGCCCGUGACCAAAGCCAUCGACAUCUGGGCUCUGGGUAUCACGCUGUUCUGUAUGCUCUUCGCUCGUACUCCUUUUGUCGAUAGUGAGUACGUUGUGAUGAGAAGCAUUGCAGAGGAGGAAGUGUAUAUUCCGGCCCAGCGACUUCUCCCAGUGGAUAGCAAGCCCAAGUCUCGGCCAUCAUCGCACGGAAGGGGCUACUCGCCUCAAUGGAAUCGCAAACGCGACGAGCUAGAAUUCGUCUAUGAGGAUCUGGGCGAGGACCUGCUAGAUUUGUUACACAGGCUGCUCAUCAAGGAUCCACGCAAGCGCAUCACGCUGGAUGAAAUUCGCUACCAUCCUUGGGUGAUUGCGGACAUCCACAACAAACCCAGAUGGUUCGAGGAGUCUGACCCUGCACACCAACUGGGACACAGGAAGAUCGAGAUCACGAACGAAGAACUCAAGACGGCCGUCGUGCCUCUCAACUUGUUGGAUCGCGCCAAAUCGGCGGUGACGAAGAUUGGAACAACAAUUGCGGACACCAUUACAGGAAGGACAAGAGCGCGUGGCCAAUCGAAUGCUGGCUCGCCAGUGCCCUCUGCACACUCAUCUAGUAGUACCAUCAGCCAGGACGCUCGGCGGCAAAGUCUUCGUGGCCAUGAAGACCUUCUCUCGGCCUUGAAGGCAUCGCAACACGGCGAGCAUCCACUGUCUAAGAGUGUGGCUGCCAGCCCGGAGCAACAGAAGCACGAUAAGAUCAUUCCACGGCUGAAUGGUAGCAGUGACGCGAGCAAUCGCCUCACUCGGACGACUUCUCGUCCAAGUCCGCCGCACCGUGCCAUGACUGUAGCAUCUGCUGCAGAUUCCAUGCGCACGGUGACGGAGUCCAGCUAUCGCAGAGGAAUCAAAGAAGAAUCGCGACCGCCUUCGCCUGGUCUACCUGGAACGCCAACCGCACUCGCGACACCUGGCGGCAGUCACUUGGGCGGCCUUCUCGGAGGCACUGCGCGCAUCAUAGAGCGUGUCCGUGCGAAAAGUAGACAGAGGUCAUUGAACCGGCGAGGCAUCUCCAGUGAGCGUGGCUCUGAUCGAGGGUCGGUGCAAGGCUCCGACCCGCACGCCGAAGCAAGUGUGGCUGUGAGUGGUGCUACAGCAUCAGGUCACGUACAGCAGCCCGAAUCUCUUCGCGGCGAAUCCACCCCUCAAUCAAGCGCACACAACAGCCCCGCAUCUUCGCGCCCUCAGUCAGUGACUUCGGACCACCAACACUUGCAGCCAGGAACUGGAAUACUGUCUCGCUUGAGCUCUAGUAGUUCUAUCGCCUCGGCUGGACGGCUUGAGGCCUAUCGUAAUAUCUCACGGCCUGCAUCGGGCAAUCGGCAAGCGAUCGAGUCUACGCCAGAAGAGUGGCAACGUGCACAUCAGGAACACAUUAGGAAGCGAAUCAACGAGCACAAUGAGCAACAACAAGCCGACAGGUCGGAUAUCACUGCACCGGGCAGGAGAAGCUCACCAAGCCCUUUCGAUGGCAGGACAUGUCCAACAAGUCCAGAUGACCACAAUCGAACACGACAAAACUCCCAAGUGCCAUCACUUACCGAAUUAUCCACGCCUGCAACACCUGAUGAAUCCGCAAGUCCUCAUGGAGCUACCAGUCAGCUGCCUCCCGCUCUUAUGUCCAGCUCUUCUGAUCUUGGCUCGGCAGUCUCGAUGUCGAUUAGUAAUCCAUCGAUUCCUUCGGUCUUGUCUGAAGCUUCAUCUGUCGAGCCCGGAGAGCCAGACGUCGAUACAGACCGGAAGGAGUCGUCAGAUGAUACUCUGAAUCCCAACCAGCAAGAUAUACCCAACGGAGAUCGCUACGAUGAAGGCUAUACUCCAGAUGAGGAGGCGACUACCACCAGUGACGGCGAGGAUGAAUUUGACUCAGACUCUGAUAGUGACGGAGGCCUUGUCAUGUCUCGUCGGAAGUCGCCCGCAAAGGCUCUGCCGAUUCAGAAGGAACGACGUGGCACUGGCCAUUCUCAUCGCUCGAGGAAGUCCUCCCGAAGUGGUUCUAAUAACACCAUGAAGAAGGUCAAAACGCGCGACAGCAGUGACGAGCAAAGUCGACGAUCGCUCGACAUUAAAGAGGAGUGAUGCUCGAAUCAGCAGCAUCUCUCAAUUACAACCUUUUAACUACAUGACCUUUCGAUCACGACUUUAUGACAUGAAGGCUGGCCGAGCAUAUGUCAAGAAUGAAAAAACAUAUGACGGCACACAUACCAAAACAAACGACCUUCCCAUCGAGAGUCACUGCACUCAUACUCUGCUCUACUUCGCUUCUUGUUUAUGGUUGCGAUACCCCCUUGGAAGCAUUUUGGCAUUUUGGAAUGAGCGUUAACGCACACAGCAUACUUUUCGGAUGCAUCGUCCGGAGGCAGAGAGCAGAACAUGUAUCUUGCAUAGGCUCGCAUUCUACUGCUUUCGUGUGCUUCUGAAUUUUGGAGUUCUGAGCGUUUGUCUUUGCUGCUGCUGCAUACUGAUAGAAGUAUUGAGAGGGAAGAGGCAAGGGGGAAGGGCUCGAGGCUGGGAAUUGGCAUGACUGGACAAUUUCCGCCGAACUUUUCAAGAGCUGCAUAUUUCUGCAUUUUGGGGAGAAGAGAAAAUGAAAAUCCCGUGGAGGACGGGCAAAAAAUCUGGGAGGUUCGCCAUUGUAUGUGUACGGAAGGAAGAUGGAUACCCGAUCGAUACCCACCACGCUCUUCUCAACUCAAAUCUUUCAUCUACGAUUCUCAUGUGGCAACAAAGUAUAUUACGAUUGAGAUUGUGGACGCUCUCGAGCGAUGGUCAAGCGCACCAAUGUAUGAAAUUGACGGAUUGUAUAGCAUACGGACGGGUCGCGCCUGGUUUUGCGGAAUGAUUUCGGAGUCCAACUCAUCUGCAUGGGUACUUGAGCUUGACUGUGUAUGAAAUGUUGCUGCUGUGUAUAGAAGACCAGGAGAAAGCGCCGUUUCUGGAGAAGAGGCGAAGACUUUGAGUUCGACGUCGAUAAUGAUCCGAAGUUUCAUCCUCUCCUGCUUUCUUCCUACACGCGGGAUGUAGUUGACUUUUGGCAUCGUGCGCAGAGAACGGACUUGCAGCAUUUUUUUGGGGUGGCUGUUGUGUAUGUAUAAAUAUCAAUGAGAGUUUAUG